UCAACAACACAACUUCUAUAUCACGUCAAACUAUAUCUGCAAAUGUUAUGUAACGUGACACUAUAUAUACCGCUUCAUAUACUCCAUACCUCGCAACACAUUUAGCAUAUAUAGCAACUCUUCUCUUCACCCUUCUACUGCUACUACUUACUUCUUCAUGGGUUCUGGGGAAAACAAUGUAAAUCUCCCCCCUGGUUUUCGGUUUUCUCCGUCAGAUGAAGAGCUCGUCGUCCAUUUCCUCCAACGGAAAGCUUCUCUUCUGCCUUGCCAUCCGAAUAUCAUCCCGGAUCUUGAUCUCUAUCCUUAUGAUCCGUGGGACUUAGACGGCAAAGCCAUGGAGGAGGGAAGUAAGUGGUAUUUUUACAGCAGGAGGACGCAAACUCGGAUAACAAGGAGUGGAGUUUGGAAAUCAAUUGGUGAAGAUGAACCAAUUUUGAGUAGUGAAAGUGGUAGCAGCAAGAGAAAAGUCAUUGGCAUCAAGAAAUAUUAUGUGUUUUAUAUAGGCGAACCCAACUCUGAAGGCAUUAAAACAAACUGGAUACUGCAAGAAUACAGUCUCUCAGAUCAAUGUGGCUCCAGCAGCAGCGCCAGAAGAAAAUCCAAGAACGAUCAUAGCAAAUGGGUAGUCUGUAGAGUUUACGAACACAAGAGCUAUGGCGGCGAAGAUGAUGGUGAACAGGAGCUUUCAUGCCUGGACGAACUCUUUUUGUCCCUGGAUGAUGAUUAUGAUGAAAUUUGUUCGUCGAAUUAGUUCUAGCCUAUUUCUGAAAUUUUAAAUAUAUAAUAGCAUACAUAUAAUUAUAUAUAUGUAUACACAGGAUUGAGACGGAUUCUCGUUAUUAAGAUCUAAAGUUGUGUGCAAUGUGUUAUUAUGGACAAGACAAGGUAUUAUUUAACAAGUGCAAACUGAAAUUGGUGAAGUGAUGAGUUUGUGCC